GCCUGAAAAACUUCCAAUGCCGACGAUUGCAGUUCCUGGGCACAGCCUGGUCCUUCGAAAUGGUGGAUGGAGCCCGUGACACGGUGUGCCGCGGCGCCCAUCCAGGCGACAAUGAUCCCAGCUACUUCACUGUGGACUGGGCAGCCAACAUCACCGGCUGCAUGGCCAAGUGCUUGGGAACUCCGCAUUGCACAGGUGUGGAGUAUCACGAACGCGGCCGUUGUGAACUGUGGAAUCGCAGUAUCGAGUCCAGCCUUACUCUGACUGGCUACCAGUGCCACCGGUUAGUGGAGAAGCCUCUGAACCGAUAUUGCCACUUUCCAGCUUGCGAUGGGUGCCGGUUGGCACAGCCAGGAGAAGGUUGUUAUGAUGAUGUGAUUUGGGCCAUGAAUGAAGGCAUCUACUCCCAUCCAGAGUGGUAUCCUGGCCUUACUCCAUCCUCAAGCUUUGAAGACUUUCAAAGACACAUCUACAAGUUGGGCACCAGCAGAUGUACUGAAGCACCAUGUCCGACCACAACACACACCUUCACCACGACGAGCGGCGCCACCACCUAUACUACCUCCACCACCACCACGACGACCACCACCACGACCACGACCACGACCACGACCACCACCACGACCACAACCACCACCAGUACCAGUACCACCACAACCGUCGCCACGACCACCAGCUGCAUGAGUGCCAGCGGUUGCCUCACUUGCCAAGAUGUUUGGCACGCAGAAGCCACCGAUGCCUGGUCCAGCGCCACCUGUGGGGCCCGAAUCGAACAAUACAAGAGGGAGGGAAGGACGGAUGAGGAGGCUAGAGCUCAGGUGGGCCUUUUCUACACAGCUUGUGAGCCUUGCUGGCCUUGGCCGAAGUACAAGGCAUCCAGUGAUGAGCGGAUCUCUGCAAAGCGGGGCGUGGCGCAACAGAACUUCAGGUUAAAUGCUCCAAGCCUGUCUACGCUCUCACAACGAUUCUCCUGGGGCUAUACGUGGCAUCAUCAGCCCAUGGACUGGGAAGGCGGCCCCAGCUUGGCCGAGUGGGAACGACAUGGGCUCAACUUCAUUCCAAUGGUUUGGGGUGAGGGCGAAAGUCGAUUAGAUUUGGCCAUCAAGGACGGGUUGCCACAGAACAAGAGAGCCUUGCUGGGGUUCAAUGAACCAAAUUUUCCUGAGCAAGCAAACCUUUCACCUGCGAGGGCAGCCUCUUUGUGGCCCACGGUCGAGGCUUUGGCCAGGAAUGCCAGCAUCGAUUACCUGGUGAGCCCUGCGGUGAACUUCGCAGCCUAUGGUCCCAUCCAAUGGCUGCAGGAGUUCUUUGGAAACUGUACUGGUUGCAGGGUCGAUGCUGUGGCAUUUCACAGCUAUACUUGCUACGGCCGCUAUCUGAAGGAUCAUAUUGAGAUGUACAAGGUCUUCAAGCGCCCCUUGUGGCUGACCGAGUUCGCGUGCUCGGAGGCGGGCUCCCUGGAGCGGCUGAAUGCGUUUGGGCAAAUGGCUUAUAUGCGGGAGGCCGUUCCGUUGCUGGAGUCGGAUGAAUCCAUCGAAAUGUACGCUUGGUUCAACAUGUUCGAAGAUGAUUGGCUCCAUCCCAUCGUCGAUGGGAAGAAUGGGGACGCUGGCCUCAUCUACAGUAACGGCACUUUGACCCCAUUGGGGGAACUCUACAGCUCCUUCACCGGCCCUACUCUCUAUAGUCCGCCCCCGGUGGCUGCUACUACAACCACCACGACUCCUCCAGCAUGUCGUACAGCACAGGCAGGGGAAGAGUGCUAUGAUUCGAUCAUUUGGGCGAUGACUCAGGGUAUCGUCACGAAUCCUGAAUGGUAUCCAGGGCUUUCGACAGACUCCCAUUUCGAAGACUUCCAGAACUUGUUCUAUCGAGAGAAGACCAAUUAUGGGGUUUGCGAUGCGCCAGCAUGCUCCUCUUGCCACACUGCGGUACGUGGGGAAGAAUGCUAUGAUGAUGUGAAGUGGGCCAUGGAGACAGGAAUCCUCGAGCAUCCAGACUGGUAUCCGGGCCUCUCCCAGGAGAGCAGCUUCCACGAGGUUCAACGAUUUCUUUGGGAGAAGGUCCAUGAUAGUACCGGUCAUUGCCACGAGCCGUGCCCACCCGAUUGCACCAGCACUGGCAACUGUGAGGCUAUGGGAGUCAAUGUGUUUGGCUUCGAUGGCUUUGACAAUGCCGACGCAGUGAAGCGUGCAGUCCGUGUGCUCUUCCAGAAAGGUGUCCGGCACUUCCGCGUGGUGAACGUGGGCGCCUGGGCCAGCGAUGCACUGCUGGCCAUCGAGGAGAUGGCCAAGCUCGAGGCCGAGCGAUCAGGAAGACCUUCCGCAGCUUCAGUCCAGAUUACCAGCCUCUUCUUCGACUCUCCUAGUAGCUGUGCUAGCUUGCCAUCCUGGAUGGACUUCUCUCUUUCCAUGACCUUGGAAAAGCUUAAGCAGCUCGUGCAUGUGAGCCGCAUCCUCCUACAGCUGGACACUUGUAGCAUUUGCCAAGACUCCGAGCUCUAUUGCAUCAAUCCCACGGAGCAAGGCUUCGGCCAGUCUCUCGGGGACCAAGCCAGGGCAAAGACCUUCAAGAACUUUAUCGAACAGCGGUAUGGUUCCUUGAUCCAAGAAGCCCAUCGAGCGUUUCCGAAACAUGUGGAGUUCGUGAUCUCCUUCCAAAACGAAGGUGCCUCACCCCUUGCCAUGCUGGAACCGCUCUUGUGGGAGUAUAUUCAGCCCCUAAGAGCAGAAGGCCGGAAGUUCUAUGUCGAAGGGACGCUCUACCCAUUUUGGGCGAGCAGCACACAGAUCUUCGCACCCUUCGACAGCAGCGCAGUGGAGCGUUUGAUGGCCUUUGCCUCUCAGCUCACGAUCGAUGGCUUCAUCGUCUCUGAGACCGGAUGGCCUCAGGCUUGCCCCCUGAACAGCCUCCAUCGACCCGCCAGUUUGCAGAACAUGUGCAGGUAUUGGCAAAACACCGUGGAGGAAGUGCAGAAGUUGGCUGAGGGCUCGCAGCUCUUGGUCUACCACUGGAAGUUCGGCCCCGCCAACGACGGAAGCUGUGGUGAAUCCACCUGGGGGCUCUUCACGUCUGAUGGCUCCUUCAUUUGCGAUCAGUGAGAUCGCAGGUCCAUUCACCAACACUGUUCUUUUCCGCGCGUCGCACGACGCGGCGGUCGGACAGGGCGGGACGUUUGUGGAGGAAAGAGGUGUAACAUGGCGUGACGCAUUAUUGUGAACAUGUGUCUAUGCCCUCACGAGUCUCCCGCCGCAGAGUGGAGAAAACUGGCCCGACCGACUGGUGAAGACCUUGAGAUCAAAAACCGUGCCCGCACGGGUCAUCAUGGAGGCCAAAGUCGUGUCUCUGAUAUGCAUGCACCAUGAGAUGUUCUUCAUACAGUACGUUACAGUACAGCUUGCUGACGUGGGUCUUUGAAGGAGCAACUUCCGACAUAUCAUUCAUGCCCCAUGCACAUCUGGGGUGCUGAGGUCAAACUUAGUUGCUCAGCUCAGCUUGAGGACAAUCCUCAUCGUAUUUCCAGACUCAUGUUUGUGGAUGGAAUUUGUGACAUCCCAGCUCCUGAAGCCUUUGUAUAUUGCC